AUGCUUAAGGAAUAUAAGUUAGUCGUCGUCGGUGGUGGUGGUGUCGGUAAAUCCGCAUUGACCAUCCAAUUAAUUCAAUCACAUUUUGUUGACGAAUACGAUCCAACUAUCGAAGAUUCAUACCGUAAACAGUGCACCCUCGAUGGGGAACUGGUUUUGUUGGAUAUUUUGGAUACGGCCGGGCAAGAGGAGUACAGUGCUAUGAGAGAACAAUACAUGAGGACCGGGGAAGGGUUUUUAUUGGUUUACUCGAUCAACUCGCGUACUUCGUUGGAGGAGUUGCAAUCGUUCUACGAGCAAAUCCAAAGGGUCAAGGAUUCAGAUUUCGUACCAGUUUUGGUGGUUGGUAAUAAGUGUGAUUUGGAGAUUGAAAGACAGGUGAGCUACGAGGAGGGUUUAAGCUUGGCGAAAUCUUUUAAUUGCCCAUUUUUGGAAACAUCCGCAAAGCAAAGAAUUAACGUCGAGGAAGCGUUCUAUGGAUUGGUCAGAUCCAUUAGAGACGGUGGAAGUGGUGCUAAGAAGCAUGACACCGAUAACGAUGCCGCUGGUAUAGCUGAAGGUAGUGCAGGGGCAGGCAAUACAGCCAACCAAAAUGAUACGGCAGCACAAGAUAAUGCUGCUGCUGGUGCUUCGAAUAAACAGAAGCAAGCAUCCAAUAACGCUUCAUCGGCUACUAAUGGCGGUAAGAGACAGCAACAACAAUCUUCUGCUGCUGGUGGUAAAGAAGAGAAAGAAAAAUCUGGAUGUUGCGUUAUCGUUUAA